UCUAUGGUUCUAACCGUCGUAACCCUCGUAAACCCUUUAACAUCUAACCCUACUUUCUUUAAAUAAAUGUUUAUUAUUUUUAUAUUCAUAUAACCGUAUUUUGGUAAAAAAAUAAGAGUUAUUGUCUUCUAGUAGAAAAUAUUCAAAAUAAUAAUUAACAAAUAAAAAUACCUCAAGCUGCCAAUUUUCUCCUUCUCUUAAAUUAGUUUAGGUCAAAGUACAUUUACAUCUAACUUUUAAGUGUAAUCCCAAAUAAAACUUGUGUAUUAGAAGAAGUAAGUUAGUUAAUAGUUAUUUGAAAAGGAAAUGGCUAUUUCCCCCAAUUCACUAUUAAAAAUACCAUACUAUUCCAAAGUUCAUCAAUUUCAAAAAUACCUUUUUGUAGUAAAUCGAACACAAAUAGGUAACAGAUUGUUCUCAGAUGAAGCAUUUCCAAAAAUUACCACCCACUAUACAAUUUACCCAAGAGAAAAAGACCCCAGAUGGAAAGAAAUAAAUAUGGAAAGAUUCGCAGAUACCACUGAUGUACUUAUUGUGGGAGGAGGUCCAGCUGGAAUGUGUGCAGCGAUUCAAGCAAAGAAGCUUGCAGCAAAAGAAGGAAAAGAGCUCAAAGUUACUGUAGUGGAAAAGUCUGCUGAAGUGGGAGGUCAUAUCCUUUCAGGAGCCUGCAUUGAAACUAAAGCUCUUGAUGAAUUAAUUCCUGACUGGAAAGAUAAAGAAGCGCCUCUUACAACUCCAGUAAAAAAAGAUAGAUUUAGCUUUCUUACCGAGAAGGCUCGAAUACCGAUUCCAGUUCUUUCGUUUAUGCCUUUAAACAACCACGGUAACUAUGUUGUGCGACUGGGUCAUGUUGUACGCUGGUUAGGAGAGCAAGCUGAAGCUUUAGGAGUCGAAAUAUAUCCAGGAUAUGCGGCCGCGGAAAUCCUUUAUCACAAAGACGGAAGUGUAAAAGGUAUAGCUACAAACGACGUGGGUAUUGGAAAAGACGGUGCCCCUAAGGACAAUUUUGAACGCGGAAUGGAACUGCACGCAAAAUGUACCAUCUUUGCUGAGGGCUGUCAUGGACAUCUUACAAAACAAAUUAUUAAAAAGUUUGACUUAAGGGCUAACAGUGAACCGCAAACCUAUGGAAUUGGUCUUAAAGAGAUUUGGGAAAUCAAUCCCUCAAAACACCAGCCGGGCUUAGUGGAACAUACGGUAGGGUGGCCGCUCGAUCGUAACACUUACGGUGGUUCUUUCCUUUACCAUUUAAACGAACCAUCCCCUUUGAUUGCCAUAGGUUUCGUGGUAGGCCUAGAUUACACCAAUCCCUACUUAAGUCCCUUCAAGGAGUUCCAACGCUUUAAACUGCAUCCCACUAUCCGAUCAGUACUAGAAGGAGGCCAGCGUGUAGCUUAUGGUGCUAGGGCAUUGAAUGAAGGUGGCUUCCAGAGCUUGCCGAAAUUGACUUUUCCUGGAGGUUGUCUCAUUGGAUGCGCCGCCGGUUUUCUAAAUACGCCAAAAAUAAAAGGUACCCACAACGCAAUGAAAAGCGGUAUGUUGGCAGCUGAAGCGGCUGUAGAAGCCGUUUGGGCACAAGGAGAAAACUUAGAACAAAGUGUUGAACCUGUUACAUAUGUUAACAAGAUACAGAACAGUUGGAUUUGGACAGAACUGAAAGCUGCUCGAAAUAUAAGACCUAGUUUUCAUAGUUCUUUGGGUUUGUAUGGAGGUAUACUUUAUGGUGGAUUUAGUAUGCUCGUUGGCGGUAAAGAACCGUGGACUUUAAAACAUGGUGAUCCUGAUUACAAGAGACUAAAACCAGCGAAAGAAUGUAAACCAAUAGACUAUCCUAAACCUGAUAAUAAAAUUACUUUCGAUCUGCUUUCAUCAGUAGCCUUAACAGGUACUAAUCACGAAGCAGAUCAACCACCCCAUUUAACGCUUAAAGAUGACACCAUUCCCGUCAAAAAUAAUUUAACAGUUUUCGACGGACCCGAAGGGAGAUUUUGUCCCGCAGGGGUUUACGAAUUUGUGCCUCUUGAAAGUGGGGAAGGCCAAAGGUUGCAAAUCAAUGCUCAAAAUUGUAUACAUUGCAAAACUUGCGAUAUAAAAGAUCCCAGUCAAAAUAUCAACUGGGUGACACCUGAAGGAGGCGGUGGACCAGCAUACAAUGGUAUGUAAAUCUAGACUUGAAUAAGUAAAUAAACAAUAGUGCCUUGUUUUUAUUUAUACGUAUAUGGAGUGCAAAGGUGUAUAUAUGAGAAGAAAUCUGUAAAUUUUAAUAAUUACCAUGUACUGUUGUAGGUAUAUAUAUUUUAAAUAAAUUAUAAUUAUCAACUA